GUGGUACAAGCCGGAAGAGCACAAAGACCUUCUUGUGCAGUGGAUCAGUGAAACAGCUGAUGUCAUUGAAAGAACUUUGCACUGCAUCGAUGUCUUUGGUGCAUCUGGCCGAGUGAGCAAGACUUGGGAGAGGGCAGUCUUUGUAUCCAUGUUGCUGGUCGCACGACCUCAAUUGUACCUGGUGAUCGAGCAGCCAUGUAGUUCGUGGGCCUUCAAGCAGGACUUUAUGGUGGAAUUGUCUACGGUAUACCACAAGCGCACCAGAACAGGCUGGCAAGGCGGGAAGGAUCUUGCUAGCAGUGCGUAUUUUACCUUCGAAUUCUGCCAAGCUCUUUUAAGAAGCUGGCAGUCCCGCGAUCCAUGCGAUGGUGAUUUGGUCACACCAGACAACACGCCAAUGCCAAUGGAGGCAUCGCAAGGUGAGAACUCACUUGCGUCCCUCGCACCUGCCGAGGAGGAUGGACCCAUUGAAAUUGUGAUUAACAGUGACAGUGAUUCCGACACACCUGUCACACCAAUGCCAGAAGAGGCAUCGCCAGGUGAUGAUUCACUGGCUUCCCCCGCACCUGCCGAGGAGGAUGUAAUCACUGAAAAGACUGAGGAGGAAUUCCAGGCCGAGCAAAUUACAACUGAUGCUCGGUUUCAAUCCUGUGGAGGGAAUGAGGAUGUCAAGGGUUUUGUACUUUUAACGAUUCUAUGUUCUUGUAGUGCUGCGAGGGCAUAA